AUUUAGACUGUGCUAAUAUCUUGGUGUUCACAAAUAGAUAGUUUGUUCUUGGAUUAAGUUAUGUUUGAUUACCUUUUUCAUGAUGAGUGAAACUUCAAACACCAACUUUUAUGACCCAUACCUUCUACAACCAUCGUUAUGUAUAUAUCCGUAUACAAGCCAACCACCAAGCCCGGCAGCUGUAUACGAACCACCCCCACAGUUCGCAUAUCCCCUACCCAACUGUACACCACACACUUUCACCUUUUCUCCAACAGGAAUGCAAGGAUCCGUUCAUUGGCAAACUGUUGAAUCUGUUCACGACGCUGUUCUUACCCCAACCAAUGUUGCUGGAGCUUUUACAGAGUUUGGGGCUGUUGCAGCCGCCACCCCCGAAUUCAUUCAUCCACGAAACUCCAACGUUCCACAAUGGUUGAUGUCACCACCAGUGGGCGACCAAGAUCCGAGUAUUAUCAGUUAUGCCCCGUUGGACACUCCCACCCACACGGCACCCCUUACAUCCACCGAUAAUAGAGAUGUAUCAGCCGUGCUAUUCAACAAGGAUUCACCAAAAAAGAUUUUUCCUAUCGGUGUUUUCUGGGAUAUCGAAAACUGCCAAGUACCUUCCGGCAAAUCCGCGAUGGCGAUCGUGCAAAAGAUCCGUCGACAAUUUUUCAACGAUCACGCUGAAGCAGAGUUCAUGGCUGUUUGUGACAUCAACAAAGAAAGUCGGCACGUCAUACAAGAUUUAAACAAUGCUCAGGUGAAUGUGAUUCACGUUAAUGCUGUUGCUAAGAACGCAGCUGACGAUAAACUGCGACAGAGUAUUCGCCGAUAUGCACAGACACACACAGCACCUGCAACUGUUGUGCUUAUAACAGGUGAUUGUAACUUCACAUCUGAGGUUAGCGACUUACGCCACAGACACAAAUACUUUGUUGUCCUUAUGCACCCCGUCAAUUCAUCCAAGGCUUUGGUUGAAGCUGCAAAUACUUCGGUUCUUUAUGAAGAUUUUGUGGCUGACUUGCCGCUUGUUUGUGCAACAAAGGACCCAACCAUCGAGUUACAACUUGUCGUAACGAACCUCCCAACAACAAUAGACCUCGGGUUGAUUCGCGGAAAAUUGAAACAAAUAUCGGAAAAUUGUGGAGGAAAAGUUUUGCAUGUGAAUCCUCCAACUGCUGUCAUUAAGUUUAGUAAUGAAGAUCUGCUGCGGAGAUCAUUGAAGAGGUUGAAUGGUGAAAUGGUGCACGGAUGUAAAAUAUCAGUUCAGCGUAAAACAAGUGAUUUAUCAGCUUUAUCAAAGCAUUUUACACCAAGACGAAAACCAAGCCAACAGGCGCCCAGGAACAUGGGACAUCAAAUUCAGAGAUCUUACGCAUCACGUUGCAAACCAUCAAGUCCUCAACAUAACAAUCAAGACACUGGGGUCCAACUGACGAUAAGCAACAUCGACGCACAGCUUGGUGUGAAACUUAUUCAAGAAACUAUAUUGAGCUUAAUCACACAACACGCACAGGUGUGGAAGCUACAGAUCCGACCACACAAUCGAUUCACUGUGAUGUGCGACGUUGUUGUCCCCAAUGUUGAAUCCGCUUCAACAAUCUUACAAAGUCUCCAUCGUAGAAAGUUGGGCGGGAAGAGGAUCUUGGUCACUAUCUCCCAACGGCUGGAGGAUGAACAAACUUUGCUGAAGAAAGAGUUAAUGCCGUUGAUGAAAGAAUUUGCUUCGAAUGGGAUCAAAUACAACGAACUGAUGUCGUUGUACGCUCAAAGUUACCACAAGACAUUGAAGCUUGGUCAGUUGAAAGGCUUGAAAGAUUUAGUGAUUUUGCGAGAAAUAAACGACGUUCCAUAUAUCUACAUGGUCAAAAAUGAUGGCAAUCCAAUGUUCUCAGUGUGUAAGGAACAUUUCCGACCCGACAGAACACAAAUGAGACAUCCUAUCAAAUUAGAAAUUGGUUUGCGAGAAUUUUGUGCCAAACUUCAUGCUUUACUUCAUUCUCACGAUGGUUCUAUCUUCUUGAAUAGGUUGGUUGUUUAUGGUUUUGAGCAAUGUUACUUAGCAGAGUUUGGUAGCUUCCCAUACCCCCAGGAUGGUUCCGGUGUCUUCCUUGAGCACCAAAUAUCUUACGUACCUGGUGUACAAAUCAUGGAAGGCGAUGCAAAGACUGUGGUUUGGUCUCAACCACAUAGUGAUAAUGGUUCAGACACUGCCAGUGAAACUUCUACCUCAAGUCGUUCAAAAUCUUCAAAUCUUGUGAACUUUGCGCGUGAGAUGGUCGAUUUAUUAAAGACAUUCUCCUACUCUUGUUUACCUUGUCAUGAUAUAAUGUUGGCGUACCAGCGACAUUAUGGUCACGCUCUGCGCAUGAACGGGUUCACCAAUAUAUCGGAUAUGCUGCUAUCUAUUCCUCAUGUUGUGCAGAUCAUGGGACCUUCAAACAAUCAGCUACUCACACUCACACACAGAGCGCAAGUCAAACGUUUCACCCAAGAAAUUAUCAAACUACUAAAAGCUUCGCCCGAUAAAGCAAUUCUAGUCGCACAACUGCCCGAUAUGUAUUUCAGAACAUUUGAUCGAGUAUGGAACUUACGUGAUUAUGGUGUUUGUGUAUUAUCUGAUAUACUCGAUGAUAUUCCAGACGGAAAUAUUGGGGUUUCUGGCGAGGGAGACAACAUUGUGAUGUCACUUCCUACUAGAGAACGGACAUCGGAAGAAAUUCAACGAACAAACUUAUUUUCGAGGGAAUUAGUUGAAAUACUUCGAUUGCGACAUCGAUGUAGGAUGUCUUUUACUGAGUUUGUUCCAGCGUACCAUCGACAGUUUGGACGACAAUGUAAACUUUCAAACUAUGGUUUCAACAAACUACUUGAUUUGUUUGAAUCUUUGCCCCAUGUUGUACAGGUUGUAGAAGACGCACCAGAGAAAUAUCUUCAACUGACAAACGAGGAACAACUGAAGGUCCUGACGUCGCAGAUCGUCGGGUUGCUACGACAACAAGUGGGGGAGGCUGAGGGGGACGGGAUUCCCCUAAACCGAAUCCAAUCAAUGUAUUCGCACAAAUAUGGGUUUCCCCUCGUACCGCGCUACUAUGAUUGUGAAGAUAUACAAAGUCUCAUUAUGUUACUUUCACAUGCUGUAAAGUUAACCAAGAGUUUAAACAAUGAGUUGAUUGUGAAACAAUCGGAACGCAAACCCAUCCGACUCCUGUCCGCUCAACUUCUUGUGCUGUUACUUGAUAUGAAUAAAGAUUAUAUUGACAUGAAUGGAUUGAAACAAGCAUACACAAGCAGAUACAAUGAAAGCAUUUCCCCGAGUGAAUAUGGAUUCUUAUCGUUGACCGAUGUUGUGAAGAAAUCUUUAUCUGGAAUAGCCAAGUUUGGAAACCACGAUGGUGAAACCAUGAUAAGUUUAAAAUCAAUUUAUCAACGAGCAAAAAGAAUUCGUUCGAUAUUACUUCUUCAAGGAGGAACAAUGACAUUGGGCGAAUUCAACCAGUGUUAUAAAUCUCGAUAUGGAGAACCAUUAGACGUUGAACAACACGGUUUUCGAACGUGUGAGGGAAUGUUGCGAGCUUUGUCGCUUGUGUUGGUGGUCAAGGGGUUUGGAAUAAAAAAAACACUGGUGUUGCGCAAUCAUAUGCAACACGGACCAUUGUCAUCGUCCAUGCUCGCCUGCAGUGAUGAUAUUCAAACCAACAACGCACAACAAUCAUCUAAACCUCGUCCACUACAAGAAAUAUUAUCAUCAAUGAAAUCACCCAAACCACAUGAUAAACCAACCAAGUUGAUAUGUUUGACACCGACAGCUAAAUAUACAGAUAUAGUUCAACAUACAAACGAGAUGGAUCGUAAAUACUCGAACAAUAUCCUACCUGCUGCCCCACGUCAAUACAAAGACAUCUUCCACAAUCAACUUUACUCUAAACCUCGUUUCAACUUUGACGUCACUAACCACUCCCCAUUCAUUUACCCAACCAACCCUCCAUACUGCCACCAAGUGACACAUGGCAAUCGUGGCUUGCCACCAGAACACAACAACCCCCCACGACGUAGAAUAAGUGUUAGUGUGAUCACGCUACCUAAUGGUACAACUUCCAUCUCGUCCAAUUCGUCACCAGAUUCAUUCCUUUCAACUGACGAAGAUUCGAAGAUAUCACCCGAUGAAUUGUUACGUCACAACGACCGCCCCGCACCCCCCCAACUACGACUGGCUGCUUCUUUCUCCGCUACACCACUGUGAACAACUAGUGUUACAUUCCAUACUUUGCCAAAUCAUGUUUUUGUUUCUUAGAUAAAUAAGGAGACAUCGCUUCGUACUGCCUACCGUAGUUACAUACCGCGGUACUUUGUCUGUUUCAUGCACUAAUUAAGAAGAUUAUAUUUCAUGUUUCGCACUUUGCCGAUCUGUUAUGACGGCCGUGCUAGCCGUUUAUUUACUGUGAUAAUAAUGGCGUAGAUACUUUAGGUGCUGUGUUGCCAACCUUACCAUGCAUAUAUACACAGCUUCGACCCAGAGAAUACUUUUGUUGGGAUGUGUUUGUUUUUCUUCAAGAUAUUUUCUAUCAUACGCCAACGGUUAAACGUGCUGUGCUACACUUGUUUUGCAAUAAAUUAUUUUGAGAAUA